CAGACACAGUCUCUGUACCUGUGCUAGAAAAAGGCGGGGUCUGGUGCGGCAGGUGCGGUUUUUGUCUCUUCUGCUUCUCGCGCGCUUGCGUGGCUUUUACGCGUCUGAGGCUCCGGAUGGAAAGGAGUUAUUUACUAAAAACCAGCCCAGUGACGGAGAAGAAACGGGGUCUUAAAAGUCACGCGUUGUGGUUUCACUUAACUUAAAGCGUUCUUAAACAGAAGAAACUCAACGAACCUGAUUCCGCAGUUCCUGUUUUGUGGGCGAGGUUAAGUUGAACAGCCGGUCGCACCAGCGCGCGCUCACUAUUACAAACGGAUUUCCAUUCAGCUUUCUUGCUCUUGCAUUUUCUUCUUGAGGUUCAUCAUGAGGUACCUGUCUGUGGGGCUAGGCGUAGCGGUGAUGGCCAUGCUGGGCCUAGUGGGCUUCGUUCUCUCAAGGAGGAACGUGGUGCUCCAACUGAACAAGACCUCCUAUUUCGAGAGCGUUAAGCACAAAGUAUCCAGUGACAUGCUGAAGGAGGUCAAGACCAAUAUGGCUGAGGCCAACAUUAGGCUGGAACGAACCAAGAAAGAGGUUGCUGACCUUACAACAGCACUCAAAACGGCUCAGGAGGCUGCAGUUGUGAAAAAAGCUGAGAUGAACAAAUGCAACGAUGAGAGGAAUGAGAUCAAGACUACAAUCGGUGCUCUAGAAGCAGAGAAAAACAAAAUGGAGGCUGAGUUUCAGCAGAAGAAGGCCAGUUUGAAGGAGCAAGUAGACAACCUCAAAAUAGAAGCUGAGAAACGCAGCAAAGUGUGUGACUACAUCAUCAAGACCUCCGUUGAUGGAAUGAAACUAUGUGGUAUUGUGCCUGUUCUACAAGCGGAGGUAAAACCGGAAACAAAACAGCGUUAAACAGCCUAAAAAGAGGCAGAGGCAGGAGCUCCUGAUACAUGUCAAGAAGUUGAAGCUUUGAGGGCAGAGAAGACAAACUUGAGGCAAAUCAUAAAGCUAAAAAGUGAAAAUACAAGACCUCAUUAUUUAUAGCAAAAGAAAUACAAAGUUAUACUUGUGUAGCUUUUUGUUUUCUGUUUUCUUGGUCAUUAAGUGCAUUGAUAUGUCUUCUGCUUUUGUUGUGUUUUGAUGGCACAUUUCUGAUGUGUGAGCUUCUUUUUUGUCAGUUCAGAAGCCAGAUUUUGCAUUUGCAUUUUAUGUUUUAAGUUAUACAUCACAGUAAAAGGAUUAAUACCCAUUGUCAACCUAUUUUCUGUGAGGUCCUGCAUAUAAGUGUUGAAGAAAUUUAAAUUCUAGCGAUUAUCUACAUCGCAUAAUGACUGAUUUGACGUUAGAGAAAAAAUUAGCUCCUAUAUGGUUGCUCCAACUGAAUUUGCACUGAAUUGGUUUUGGGUGAUAUACAUGAUUCAAUACUUUCAAAAACCACUCGCAACGAACAUUUGUCAUGUUUUCAGCUACUAGAACAACCAUUUAAACUUUCAUAUUUAGGUUUUCCAUAUACAUUCUGGAAUAUUUAAUACCAUGAUAAAUCUUAUGACUUAUAAAGUCAUAAUAUGGUAUGCGGAUCUUCUAAAAGAGUUCUAAUAAUAAAAUAAUAAUAAUAAUUUCCGUUUGCAUGCACUAAUUGUGUAUUAUAUGUUUUUAGUCCUGUUAAUGAUUUUAAUCUCAUUUGUUUAAGCCAACAAAUAAGGGGAAGGGAAUAAAAAGGAGUAGGUUAAGACGUGCACCUGUCUUUUUGCUUCCGUGUGUCUCCAGUAAACUGUUGCUUUUUUAUAGUCUUUGCUUUUAUGGGAGUUAUGUGUGUGUUGGUGAUAAUGUGGCAGCUAUAAUAUGAUGCUUCACCUUUAUUGCACUGGGUAUACAUUCUGUAAAUUUGGUGUGUGUGUGUGUGCGUGUGUGUGUGUGUGUGUGUGUGUGUGUGUGCAUGCAUAUCUGCUUAUUUACCAAGUUCCUAUUGUUUCUUUUUGCUUUCCUGAUCUUCUGUUGUAGUUACUUUGCCUCGAUGUACAGUACAGUGUGUGUAUCUGUGUUGUGUUUUGGCUCUCCAUCAGGCUCCAGGAUACACUCUUGGGUGUGUGUGCUGGUUAAUCAACCAAACAAAAUGUUCUGACCUUCUCACUGUCACCCCUCAUCAUCCUCAGCCCAUUACCUCAGUGUAUUCCUAUCUAAAGUGGCACAAACCGAUCAGAAACCACACUGAAACUCACCAGAGCAACAAUAAAGUUCCAAUGGUAUGGUUAAUAAAGUUAAUAAACUUCCUUCUUUCCAUUUGUUGGAAUGUAAUAAAACAAUACAUAUAUUAAAUAUUUGAAACUUGGAAAA